GUUUCCGCCUGAACGUGUCCGAGUCGGUUCGUGUCGACCGUGUCCUUCCCAAAGUCGUGUCGACAACUUUUCGAGUCCGCGAAGUUGCGGUCGCGUGUCUGUCCCGUGCCGGGCCUAAGCUCCCUGAAUAUCAAGCCCGUCUUGAGCAUUUUUGUAAAGACGCACCAGCUCAUCCGGCGCGGCCUUUUUUUGCCACCCCAAAGAUUUGACGGGGCUUGUGUUGCGCCUGUGCGCCAUUGCGCAGCUUGAGCCAAGAAUACCACCAUGAUGAUCCGGAACCUGCCUGAGCAACUGACGCAGCGGGACCUGUUGGAUGAGCUCAACAAGUUUGGGCUCGCGGGUCUCUACGACUUUUGUUACUUACCGCGGGACUUCAAGUCCGUGGAAAACAAAGGCUAUGCCUUCGUCAACUUUGCAUCGCCAGAGGCGGCCAACAUGUUCCGCAACUCCUGGCAUCGGCGGAGCUUUCCAGCUGAUUCCGCGUUGGCCGGCCAGCAGCUUGUCAUCAUGAGCGCUGACGUGCAGGGCUUGGCGUCAAACCUGAAGAAGUGGUGCGGACCUCGCCUGCGCCGGAUCCGGAACCCGGAGCUGAAACCCUAUGUCUCCUCCGCAGCUCUGGAGACUGAGGAGCCGAGCCCCGACAGUCCACACGUGGCUGGCCACGUGGGGCACUUUGGCCACACAUCGGAGCACGCGUCGGCUGCGAGCCACAGGGUGCCGCCCUGUCGCUCGCCAGCGAGCUCGCCAGCAGGAUCUAUGUCGGCAUCUCCGGCGGCAUCUCCGGGCUCCAAGCAUGUCAUGCAGGCCAUGCGAGCGGGCGCCAUCGUCUUGCAAAAAGCGAGGGCCAUGAUGCCGGCGACGGACCUGCAACCAUUUGCCAUGCCAAAGUGUCCACAGGCCAUUCGAAUAACUACCAUGGAUGCUGCUGACUUGAUCGAGAAGGAGGCUGAGUUGGCAUGGAAGUCUCGACAGUACGACCUCUCAAAGCUUGCAAAGACUCGCACACACUUUGGGCCCUUGGGCGCGCUGCCCCCGAAGGAGCUGCCAAGUCAAGACCCAGCCCUCAAGUACGUCACAAGAGAGGGCAGCAGACCUUUGCUGCUGCCAAAGGUGGUGCCUGUGGCGCGCAGCGCAUCCAGGCAUCUCUGCAGGCUGACCACGCCCGCCCGCUCCAGCCGCUGCGUUUCUCUCAGCCGAGGUGCAAGUUCUUCUGCCUCCAAAGUGGGAGAUGACAGGAGCCAUGGCAAAGCGGAGCAGUCAGAGAGCCGCGCGGCGCAUGCCCCGCACGUUGCAAAGGCGUCGAGAUACCAAAAGUUGAUCCAGCUGUACGAGCGCGCAUGCAUGGGAGGAGCUCCUGGCCCAUGGAUGUAUUGA